CUCUGCCAAUGAAGUCCAAAAAAUACUAGUCAGAGAUACAUACUCUUCGCUAAGACUCAUUUUCAUUGUUACUAUUUAUUAUUAAAUAAAUAAAAUAAAUAAAUUCCUCUUUUGAUUUUAUAACACUUGUCCAGCGGGGCCAGCAGUGGUAGCCUCGCCUUGCAGAAAAGAAUCCAGUCCUAGAGAGAGAGAGAGAGAGAGAGAGAGAAAGAAGAGAUAGAGAGAGAGAGAUGGAAACGCCGUCGACGACGGGCGACACCCACAAGAUAGCGAUGAGGUCGUCGAUUAUGGAGUCGUUUCGCGGCUGCGGCCUCUCCGGGAUUCGGAUUGAUAAGGAAGACUUGAAGAAGCAGCUCACCAUGCCUCAGUACCUCCGCUUCGCAAUGCGCGAUUCCAUACGCCUUCAGGACCCCGCCGCCGGCGAGACACGUUACCAGAACCGCAGCGACGGCGAAGACGCCACCCCUCCGCCCUCUCCCAUGGUCGUCUUCAUCAAUCCCCGCAGCGGCGGCCGCCUCGGCCCCGUUCUUAAGGAGAGGCUCCAGCAACUCAUGAGUGAAGAGCAGGUUUUUGACCUAUCAGAUGUGAAGCCUCAUGAAUUUGUACGGUAUGGAUUGGGUUGCCUGGAGAUGUUGGCAGGUCUUGGUGAUUCUUGUGCCAAAGAAACUCGUGAAAGAAUCAGGGUUAUGGUUGCUGGAGGUGAUGGUACAGUUGGCUGGGUAUUAGGAUGUCUUACAGAACUUCGCACACAAGGUCGACAGCCAGUUCCUCCGGUAGGAAUCAUACCACUUGGGACAGGAAAUGACCUGUCUAGGAGUUUCCGUUGGGGGGGUUCAUUUCCUUUUGCAUGGAAGGCGGCUAUUAAGAGAAGUCUACUCAGGGCUAGUACUGGGCCAAUUCAUCGUUUGGAUAGUUGGCGAGUCUCACUUUCAAUGCCAGAAGGCACACCCUUGAAGCUACCUUAUUGUUUGAAGCACACAGAAGAGUUCACUCUUGAUCAGGGCUUAGAAGUUGAGGGAGAACUGCCUGAGAAUAUUACAAGUUAUGAUGGCGUGUUCUAUAAUUACUUCAGCAUAGGAAUGGAUGCCCGAGUGGCUUAUGGUUUCCAUCAUCUACGCGAUGAAAAACCUUAUCUUGCAAAGGGUCCAAUUGCAAACAAGAUUAUAUACUCUGGUUACAGCUGCACUCAGGGCUGGUUCUUCACCCCUUGCUCAAGUGAUCCAGGUCUAAGGGGACUUAAAAACAUUCUGCGGAUGCAUGUCAAAAAGAUCAAUUGCUCAGAGUGGGAACAGGUUGCAAUUCCUAAAAGUGUAAGGGCAAUAGUUGCUUUGAAUCUUCAUAGCUAUGGAAGUGGAAGAAACCCAUGGGGUAAACUGAAGCCAGAGUAUUUGGAAAAGAGAGGCUUUGUUGAAGCUGAUGUCGCUGAUGGGCUCUUGGAAAUAUUUGGUUUAAAGCAAGGAUGGCAUGCAUCGUUUGUCAUGGUUGAACUGAUCUCUGCGAAGCACUUAGCUCAGGCAGCAGCUAUUCGAUUGGAAGCAAGAGGUGGAGAGUGGAAAAAUGCCUAUAUGCAAAUGGAUGGAGAACCCUGGAAACAGCCAUUGAGCAAGGACUUCUCAACAUUCGUAGAAAUAAAGAGGGAGCCUUUCCAGUCGCUUGUGAUUAGCGGAGAGUAAUUGUUAUGGAUUGUGCAUGUAAUCUUAGGUAUUGGCUCUCCAGUACAUGGAAAAUUUGAUAUUGUAAAAAUCUCCCUUUUAUUGUUUUAUUGUGAAAAUAUAGUUUAUUGGAGUGUAAUUCUUUGAUGGUCUCCGUAGCUGGUAUUCAUGGAAGGCGUGUGUAUUAUAUGUAAUCUUGGGCAUUUGUGCUCCAUUAUAUUUAUAUGGAAAAAUUAUUGUAAAAAAAUCUUCAUUUAUUUUGUUUAGAUAUUCUAGUUUUCAUCAUAUUUGGA